CGGCACAGUGGGACUCCCGCACCCACUGAUGUGGGCCGGGCGGCUUCGCGAUGGUCGCCUGCAUAAAAGCGCACGGCGCCGAUUACGACCUCCGCUUCUGCCCCCACCGCCCUUUUCCCUCCUUAUCCUGCCAUUCGUUAGGGCUGCGCCCAGUCAUACGCCCGGCGCCUCUGUGACUUCCUUCGACCUUCCGACACAUUCCUUUCGUUUUCAGCAGGCUACCUUUCCCUACUACAAGUCUUCACGUACGGACCGACCCUACCCUUCAUAAUGUACUCCACUUCCAUUCUGUAUGCCCUCGCGUCGACGGCGAUGCUUGCAUCGGCCCUCCCAACGCGCAUGAUCAGGCGGUCCGAUGCUGAUAUCACGGUCCUCAAGUUCGCCGACGUCCUCGAGCAGCUCGAGAGCACCUUCUACUCGCAGGCGCUGUCCAAAUUCCAGGAAAGCGACUUCACCGGAGCAGGCUUCGCCGAUGCGCAAGUCCCUAUCCAGCAAUUCGCGAGCAUACAGCGCGACGAGGCGACACACUCCGCCCAGUUGCAGGCUGCGCUUGCCGCCUCUGGCGCGUCUCCUGUCAGCGGCUGCCAGUUCAACUUCGACUCCGUGCUCGGUGAUGUCUCAACCAUGGCCGCAACCGCGCGCCUGGUCGAGCUCGUCGGUGUCAGCGCGUACAUCGGUGGCGCGUCCCUCAUCGAGGACAAGAACGUCUUGAACGCCGCUGCUUCUAUCCUGACGAUUGAAGCUCGUCACCAGACUGUGCUCAACCUGCUCAACGGCGGCACGACUGUUCCGGCCUCGUUCGACGCUGGUUUGACACCCAGCGAGGUGCUUGCGAUUGCUGGAGGCUUCAUCUCUGGCUGUGAUGUUGGCAUUCCGGCCAACCCUACUUUGACGGUCACCAACACUGACACCGUCAUGCCCGGCACGCUGUUGACGUUCCAGUCCGACGCGAUCAACGGCAGCACUGAUGGCAUGUUCUGCCAGAUGCUCCUUGCCGGUGAGCCCAACACGAUUGCGCUCCCCCUGGCCGAGUGCAAGGUCCCGGACAACUUCAACGGCCCCGUCGCGCUCUUCGUCACCUCCGACGGCCAGCCGCUGCUCAACAACGUCAACGACCGCGCCACCUCGCAGCUCGUCGCCGGCCCGACCAUGGCCUUCGUCGACAGCCAGCAGGAGCAGCUCUCCCUCCUCGUGAAGACCAACAACGCCGCCGCCGGCUCUGGCAGCUCCGUGUCCGUCGAGAGCGUCUCUACCCAGACCGUCUCGCCCGAGGAGGCCUCCGCCAUCCUCGCCAGCGCGACGGCGGGCGGGUCCGGCGCGGCGGCCACUGGCGCCUCGGGCUCCGACGCCGCUGCCGCUGCCCAGGUCACCGCGGGCACGCCCUCGCCCAACGGCGCGUCGCCCGACGGCAAGCUCAUCGUCAACGGCCUCUCGACCGUCUCCGACUCCGCGACCUCUGCCGCGGCGCCGUCGGCGUCCGCGUAAGUCACUAUGCUCAUGAGCGAUCGCAGUGAGAUAUUUGGGACGGGCUUUUACGGGGCGAGCACGGACUCUGAUGACCACCUUUCUUGAUACCAUUCGGACUAUUCAUGCUUGGACAUUACAGACUCGGAAGGACAGUACACACUCUAUUUCACCGUACUGAUAACUUGCUCUACUGGAUGUAGGGAUUCGUAGUUUAGUAUAUAUAAGGAGCGGGCGUGUGGCGUCCUUGCUGCACCAUUUUCCGUGAGAGAAAUCAUCUGAAGGCGU